AUGGUGAAGAAAAGGAGAAAUCACGGUAGGAAAGGCGGUUGUCAUGGUAGAGGAAAAGCGAGGCCGGUUAUUUGUGACGGUUGCGGGGGUCGUCCUCGGAAAGAUAAGGCCAUUCAACGCUUCGUAGUGAAGAACCUCGUUGAGGCGAGCGCGCUGAGAGAUCUCGCGGAGGCGUCAUGCAUAGAGAACUACGUGCUGCCCAAACAGUACAUGAAGAUACGCUACUGUGUCUCCUGUGCAGUGCACCGGCGAACAGUUCGGGUUCGGCCCAAGGAGGAGCGUCGAGUGCGGACUAUUCCCCGGGCGCCGCGGCGGGGCGACCGCGACGUCGAGGGCAUCCUUCUCGGAACGCGCACAGAGGCUGGUGCGGGCCGGCCACCAGGCGAGCGGCGUGCAUAG